CUUCACAAACCUAAAAAAAACCUCGCUCUCUUCUGUGCUCUGAAAACUCUUCGUCUCUUUUUCUCUUUACCUAAAUCUUUCUUUGUUUCUCGAUAAAAAUGGCUGGUAAAGGAGAAGGUCCUGCGAUCGGUAUAGAUCUUGGUACCACCUACUCUUGUGUCGGAGUGUGGCAACACGACCGUGUUGAGAUCAUUGCUAAUGAUCAAGGUAACCGGACCACGCCGUCUUACGUUGCUUUCACCGACACCGAGAGGCUGAUCGGAGAUGCAGCUAAGAACCAGGUCGCCAUGAACCCUGUUAACACUGUCUUCGAUGCAAAGAGGUUGAUUGGUCGUAGAUUCAGUGACGCAUCUGUCCAAAGCGACAGGAAGUUGUGGCCUUUCACCAUCAUCUCUUCAGGAACUGCUGAGAAACCAAUGAUCGUAGUCAACUACAAGGGUGAAGAGAAACAGUUUUCCGCUGAGGAGAUCUCUUCCAUGGUUCUCAUUAAGAUGCGUGAGAUU